GGUGAUCAGUGAUUUAGGAGAGGGGAUUUCACACUGUGUAUAAUGCUGCCUGGUUAGGGAUAGGGAUUGGGUUAGGUUUUUAUAGUCCGGCCCUCAACCAGUCUGAAGGACAGUGAAAUGGCCCCCUGUGUAAAAUGUUUGGGGACCUCUGCCUUGGGGCUUCCUCCAGUUCAGCACUAUAUCUGACCACCCUCCACCAGAAAGCAUGACAAGGCCAAUCUGGACUCGCUAUAGAUAAGGGUGUUGGGAACCUGAGAAUUUUUAGAUAUAGCUUUCAGAGAAGUGACUGAAUUAGUUUCACCUCUGGGAACUCACCACAAGGCUAUAAUCAUGUACCAUAUAGGAAGAACAAAUAUACUCACAGAUUGCCGAUAGUGAGUAUCUUCUUAUCCGGGGACAGCUGUAUCCUGCUACCAGAUGGGGCAAGUCCAUUUAUGAACCACCGGUAAGCGUGAAUUUGACCUGUAGCCUGGCAUGUCAAUGAGAAGUCCUUGGUCUCCACUGCAGUCCUGUUGGAGGAGCUGUUAGUUCCUGUGAAAUUCAAUUUUUCAUUCAUUGAUGCGCUUACUGAACCUGUGACCCUGUUCCUGACUGGACUGACUUGUGGUAAGUGAAAAGCUGACUCUUAACUGCUGUUUUUUUCUCUGAAGAGAACAGCCUCAGGAAAUACCUAUCCUCUUGAGAAAGGCUCCCUGUAUCCCCAGGGCCUUAGCUACAAGUGCCAAGGCCCCUCCAGCUAAGAACUAACUCUCCCUGCCCAGGGGCCAAGAACAAAAUAAUUUCUGUUUAGGCUAGAUACCUUACCUUAUCCUCUCUCUGAUUUCUUACUUGACUCUUUCUAUAUUUUGUAAAUAAAUUGUAAAUAAAUCUCUUUGGAAUUAAUUAAAUUCAUGGUGAUCAACCACACUCUUAAAUAAAAAAUUUAACCCUUUUUUAUAUAACCCCUAUUUUCCCCUUAUAACCAUUAAGAGUUUAUGUUUCCUUGGCCUGGAAUUCAAAGAGCCAAGGUUACUUAACAACAUGGCUUUUUGAGGAUAUUUGGGGAGCCUGGAGAGAAUGGACUAGGGACAGGCCAGAGGGAGAUUGUAUUCAGAAAGGGGAACAUUACUUUAACUCUGAAAAGGAAAAAAAAAAGGAAAGGCAGAGAGUGGGAAUAGAUCACUUAGUAGCAGAAGGAAGAGCCUCAGACUUGGAGUCAGGAGCGGCUUGGUUCAAGUUUAGAGAUUUUGAACCCACAAUAACAUCUCUUGUGCCUAGGACUGUGUUUUUCUACCAAGAGGCAGUUAAUACCCUUACAGAAGAUUCUGGAAUUCCCUACUUUAGGCUCAUCUUUUCCUUAGGAGUUUCCUUCCCUGAAAGAUAAGAAUGAGAAUGUUGAAUGUGAUCUUCUUCAAGCUCAGAUAUGGUUUUAUGCUGGGAAGCUAAGCAAAUGAGUACUAAUUUUCCCUGAGCCUUCAUGGCCCAAGGAGAACCCAUUCCUUAUCUCUAGUUGGUCUUGCCAUUGAGAGAUGUGUGCGUACCAGGAAUAAUCUCUGGGGGCAGAUCCAGUAAGCUUGCCAGGCUUCCUUCCUGGGUCAUCCUUGGCCAUCCUUGGCCAGCUAUCUUAGGAUUCAUUUCAGCAUCCUUGACAUUUCAUCUUGGUUUUUGUAGUUUGUACUCCUUCUCUGGGUCUCUGUUGGGAACCUUAGGGUGAGGAAGAGUGAGCCUCUCACUUGUAUCCAGUAAAGCCAAGUGGGACUGGCCAGGAAGGUGACAAAUCUGAGGUCAGCUAGCCACAUUUUGAAGUGGGAGGAAAAUAUGAUGGAACAGAGAACAUACUCCUGGGCAUUUAGAAGGUUUUGCCUGGCAUGGCAUAGUGACUAGUGUUGGAUUUAGAGUGAGAAAGACCUGAGUUCAAAUCCUUUCUCAAAAUGUUAUUGGCUAUGUGAUGUUUAGCAAGUGCUUAUCUGGGUCUCAGUCUCCUCAUCAGUUAAAAGAGUAUAAUAAUCUCUCCCUCAUAGUUUUUUUUUUUAAUCAAAUGAAACCAUCUAUAAAACUUUUUAAAUCUGAACAUAGACUGAAUAACAGUUCAGAGGAGGGAAAGUACAGAAUAUGAGUCUGAAUGCCAAAGAUAGACACAUGCUUUCUGAGCAGAAAAUACAUACCCAGAACUAUUUGAAAGGCCUGCUGACAUUUUGUGAAGGGCUACAGUUUAAUGACAGGCUAGGAACACUGAAAAGUAGUCUAUAGUCAAUAGGGAGUCAUGAGAAGAGAAGAAACAUGAGCACACACAUAUUUAAUUGAAGAACAAAUUGAGGGCACUAGAGAUGCUUAGAAAAUCAAAAGAGUUUAAUAAAAUCUAAAGGAAAUAAAAAAUAGAAUUAAAUAAAACUGGAUCUAUUUUUUAAAAUAAAAAUACAAUUAAGUAGAUGACCCACUGAUUAAUUUGAUUAAAGAAAGAAGAAAACAGUAUUACCAAUAGCAAAAAUGAAAAGCAUGAAUGAGUUAGCAAUAAAGUUUAAAUUAAGGAAAUUCUGAGCACUUAUUUUGAGAAAUUAUGUGCCAGCAAAACUGAAAUUUAAGUGAAAUAGAUGAAUAUUUACAAAAAAAUGAAUUGCUCAGAUUCACAGAAUUAUAAAUAGAAUAUUUGAACAACUCAAUCAUAGAAAAACACACUGAAAAAACCAUAAAUGAGUUCUCUAUGAAACAGUUCCCAGGAUUAGAUCAAUAUACCAGUGAAUUAUCACACUGAAGGAACAAUGAAUCUCAAUGCUAUAUAAACAAUCUUAAAAAUAUAGGCAAUGAGGGCUAGUGAGGUGCUCAGUGGAUAGCAAGGCCUAGAUUCUAGAGGACCAGGGUUCACAUCUGGCCUCAGACACUUCCUGGAUGUGUGACCCUGGACAAGUCAUUAACCCCCAUUGUCUAGCCUUUACUUCUCAUCUAACUUUUGAACCAACACUUGGUCUUGAUUCCAAGAUGGAAGGGAAGAGUUUUCAAAAAUAGGUAAAGAAAGAAUCCCAAAUUCCUUUUGUGAUACAAAUAUAGUUUUGAUACCUAAACCAGUGAAAGCAAAAACAGAAAAAGAAAUACAAUACUUAAAUAAUCCUGUACCAGGAAUAGAAAUUGAACAAGCCAUCACAGAGCUCCCUAAGACAAAUUCCCUAGGGCCUGCUGGAUUCACAAGUCAGUUAUAUCAAACAUUCAAAGAACAACUAAUCCCAAUAUUAUACAAACUAUUUGACAGAAUAAACUAAGAAAGAAUUCUACCAAAUUCCUUAUAAGACACAAAAAUGGUACUGCUUCCAAAGCCAAGAUAGUCAAAAACAGAAAGAAAACUACAGAUCAAUCUCUUAAUGAACAUAGAUGCAAAAAUCUUAAAUAGAAUACUAGGAAAAGGUCUGCAGCAAGUGAUCUUGAGGGUGAUUUAUUAUGAUCAUGUGGGGUUUAUAUCAGGUUAAUAUUAGGAAAAGCAUCCACAUAAUUGACCAUAUCAAAAAGCAAACCAACAAAAAUCACAUGAUUAUUUCAAAAGAUGCAGAAAAAGCCUUUGAUAAAAUACAACACCCAUUCCUAUUGAAAACACUAGAAAGUAUAGGAAUAGAAGGGCCUUUCCUAAAAAUAAUAAACAGUAUAUAUCUAAAACCAUCAGCAAACAUGGUCUGCAAUGGGGAUAAAUUAGAAGCAUUCUCAAUAAGAUCAGGAGUGAAACAAGGAUGCACAUUAUCACCUCUAUUAUUUACCAUAGUACUAGAAAUGUUGUUAGGAUAGAUGAGUGUGCACAAAGAUACUUGUGCGUGAAAGAGAUUUAAGUGGAAAAGCCGAUGCACAGAGACAGUCCCACUCUCUCGGCAUUGGAAGCCUGGGUCCAGUGGCACGAAAAAUUGUUACGUCUGGAGACUUCCUCAGCUGCAUUGGAUAGCCGUGUUGUCCUUUGUGCUCCAACACGCCCUAAGCACUCCACAGUGCUUUGCUGCAUCGCCCUCUCAGCCGUUGAACCUUCUUAUUGGUUUCUUCCAUCUGUUCAGCCGAAGCAGUCUUCACAUGCUGGGUGAGCAAAGCCCUGGUUCACCAUGGGUCAACGACCCGAUGGCUACCCUCACAAGGUUUGACCAGCCUGUCGAAGCCGUUGCCCGGGGUGUGGCUGCUGCCACAUGCUAGCAGCUACUGGGAGCCACAAGUGAGAGCUGGGUGUCAGAUGGGGGUCAGAGGCUGGAGAGCUACCAUAGGAGGGCACGACAAGCCCUCCAUACCAGAGAUACUACACCUCCCUGAGCACCCCAUAUGGACAAGUAUCUUUGUGCACACUCAUCUAUCCUAACCCUGUCCACCAUCUUCAAGACCUGCGGUGAUGGAGGAGUGAUGAUGCAACAGGUGGAGGUGACCACUGGCAGUUGUAGUCACGAUCCUGCACGUAGACGGCCCAUGGACCAGUGGUCGCUCAGCCCUGUGGGCAGCAGGGAUGUUCAGCAGCAUCCUGGGCAACUGAGCAGCCCUCUCUAGGACAGCACUGCUCACCCUAAUCAAUGGAGGGGACUAGAAAAGGUGUCCCAAACAUUGCCUGCCCUACAAACACCCAGUCAGCACACCGCGGCUGGCAGGUCAUCCCCUUUAAGAGGUCGAAAUCAAAGAAAAAAUACAAAGAAACUCCUAUUAGGAGCAUGGAACAUCAGGACAUUACUUGACAGAGAGAAUACCCCAAGACCUGAGAGAAGAACAGCUCUAAUAGGUAAAGAACUGGCGCGAUAUAACAUCAACAUCGCAGCCUUAAGCGAAACACGCUUACCAGAAGAGGGAUCACUCAGCAAAACCACCACUGGAUACAACUUCUUCUGGAAACGUAGAGCCUCAAAUGAAGACAGAAUCCACGGUGUUGGCCUGGCCAUCAAGACAAGUUUGCUCAAACAGCUGCCAGACUUGCCUGUGGGCAUCAGCGAGAGGCUCAUGAAGAUCCAUUUGCCUCUUAGCAAAGACCGGUAUGCCACAAUCAUCAGCGCAUAUGCCCCAACACUGACCAGCACAGAGGAGACCACCGAGCAGUUCUACUCUCACCUGAGUGCCAUCCUGCACUCAGUGCCCACAAAUGACAAGCUGAUACUACUGGGAGACUUCAACGCCCGUGUUGGCCAGGACCAUGAAAGAUGGAAAGGAGUGCUCGGCAAACACGGCAUGGGCAAAAUGAACAACAACAGCCUACUGCUACUCAGAAAGUGCUCAGAGUUCGAACUCACCAUCACAAACACUGUGUUCAGAAUGGCGAACAAAUAUAAAAGAACGUGGAUACAUCCAAGAUCAAAUCAGUGGCAUCUCAUUGACCACAUCAUUGUACACCGGCGAGACAUCCAGGAUGUAAAGAUCACCAGAGCCAUGAGAGGAGCUGAAUGCUGGACAGACCACCUAUUGGUUAGAGCGACUCUUCAAAUGCUCAUUGUGCCUCACCAUCCAAAAUGCACCCAGACAGUUCGCACAUUUUACAACGUGAGUCGUCUUAGAGAUCCAUCUUAUUUGCAAACAUUCCAGUCCUGCCUGGACAACAAGCUGUCUACCAAGGGACAACUCACUGGAAGCUCAACCGAGAAAUGGAGCCAUUUCAGAGAUGCAGUGAAGGAAACAUCAAAGGCAGUCCUAGGCCCAAAACAACACAACCACCAGCACUGGUUCAAUGAGAACAACACUGCUAUUGAAGACCUAUUGAGCAAGAAGAACAAAGCCUUUAUGGAGUGGCAAAAUAACCCAAACUCUGCUCCUAAAAAGGACAGAUUCAAGUCUCUCCAAGCCACGGUGCAACGUGAGAUCAGGAAGAUGCAAGACCGAUGGUGGGAAAAAAAGGCAGAAGAAAACCAGCAGUUUGCUGAUAUGAAAAACUACAAACAAUUUUUCAGUGCCCUUAAGACUGUCUAUGGGCCAUUAAAACCCACCACCACUCCCUUGCUAUCCUCUGACGGUGACACUCUCAUAAAAGAUAAAAAAGGCAUCAGCAACAGGUGGAAAGAACACCUCAGUCAGCUUAUCAACCGACCAUCUUCAGUCAACCAAAGCACCCUUGACCAGAUCCCCCAAAACCACUCCAUUGAACAACUUGACGUCCCUCCUUCAAUAGAUGAAGUCCAAAAAGCCAUUAAACAAAUGAGUGUAGGCAAGGCACCAGGUAAAGAAUGGAUCCCAACCGAGGUGUACAAGGCCUUAAAUGGAAAGGCACUCCAGGCAUUCUACAUAGUACUGACCAGCAUAUGGGAAGAGGAAGACAUGCCCCUAGAACUCAGAGCUGCCUCCAUCAUAGCCCUAUACAAGAACAAAGGCUCAUGAGCAGCCUGUGACAACUACAGAGGCAUCUCACUACUCUCCACUGCUGGAAAGAUCCUCGGCUGUGUUAUACUCAACAGACUCCUGUCAUCUGUCUCAGAGCAGAACCUGCCUGAAUCACAAUGCGGCUUCCGACCAGAUCACAGCACCAUCGACAUGGUCUUCACUGUAAGGCAAAUGCAGGAAAAAAGCCUUGAGAAGAACCUGAGUUUCUACAUUGUCUUCAUAGACCUGACUAAGGUGUUCGACCCAGUGAACAGGGACCCAUUGUGGGUGAUCCUCAGCAAGCUCAGUUGCCCAGCAAAAUUCGUCAAACUGAUCCAGCUCUUUCCUGUCGACAUGACAGGGGAAGUCCUAUCUGGUGGAGAGAUUUCCGAUCGCUUCAACAGCUCCAAUGGGGUGAAACAAGGCUGUGUCCUCGCUCUGGUACUAUUCAACCUAUACUUUACCCAAGUAUUAUAACAUGCUGUGAUGGAUCUAGACCUGGGCAUCUACAUCAAAUACCGACUGGAUGGCUCACUAUUUGACCUUCGCUGGCUGACUCCAAAAACAAAGACAACAGAGAGACUCAUCCUGGAAGCUCUCUUUGCAGAUGACUGUGCUCUCAUGGCCCACCAAGAAAAUCGUCUCCAAACCAUUAUGGACAGGUUCUCCAAUGCAUCAAAAUUGUUUGGCCUGACUAUCAGUCUCAGCAAAACAGAGGUGCUUUUCCAACCUGCACCAGGAAGGCCAACAAACCAGCCGUGCAUUACAAUCGAUGGCACUCAGCUUUCUAAUGUCAACACUUUCAAGUACCUGGGCAGCACCAUUGCCAACGAUGGGUUCCUAGACCAUGAGAUCAAUGCCAGGAUCCAAAAGGCCAGUCAGGCACUUGGGUGGCUGCGCUGCAAAGUCCUCCAACACAGAGGUAUAAGCACUGUGAUGAAGCUCAAAGUGUACAACGCAGUGGUCCUCAGCUCGCUCUUGUAUGGUUGUGAGACAUGGACACUGUACUGGAAGCACAUGAAGCACUGGAGCAAUUCCACCAACGCUCCCUCCAGUCAAUCAUGAGGAUCCGAUGGCAGGACCGAAUCACCAAUCAGGAAGUCCUCGACAGAGCCAACUCCACCAGCAUCGAAGUCCUGGUCCUCAAAACCCAGCUACGAUGGUCUGGACACGUCAUCCGCAUGUACCCACAGUGAAUACCAAGACAGGUAUUCUAUGGUGAACUGUCAGCUGGACUCAGGAAACAAGGCCGACCAAAGAAAAGAUUCAAGGAUCAGCUAAAGUCCAACUUGAGUUGAGCUGGCAUUACACCAAAGCAACUGGAACUCGCUGCCUCUGACAGAAGCAGCUGGCGAACCCACAUUAUCCAUGCCACCACCACCUUUGAAGAUGAACGACGUCUUGCCACUGCGCGUGAACGCUGACACCAGGCCACAACUGCACCUCCCGUAACAACUGGAGUCCCAUGCCCCAUGUGCCAUAAAAUUUGCGCCUCAGCCUUUGGACUCCAAAGCCACUUGAGGGUAGACCGUAGAUGAAAUUGCAAAAGACAAUAGUCAUUCUCGAUCACCGAGUGACUACCACUAUACUAGAAACAUUGUACUAGAAACAUGAGCCGUAUCAAUUACAGAAAAAAAAGAGAAAUUGAAGGUACUAACAUAGGCAAUAAGGAGACCAAGCUAUCACUCUUUGCAGAUGAUAUGAUGAUCUACUUAAAGAAUCCUAUAGAAUCAACUAAAAAGCUACUGGAAAUAAUCAACAACUUUACCAAAGUUUCAGGAUACAAAAUAAACACACAUAAGUCAUCAGCAUUUCUAUAUAUUUCCAAUACAUCUCAUCAGCAAGAGUUAGAAAGAGAAAUUUCAUUUAAAAUCAUCCUAGAGAAUAUAAAAUACUUAGGAAUCUAUCUGCCGAGACAAACAGGAACUAUAUGAACACAACUACAAGACACUCUUCACACAAUUAAAACUAGAUCUUAAUAAUUGGAAAGAUGUUAAUUGCUCAUGGGUAGAAUGAGGUAACAUAAUAAAAAUGACAAUCCUAUCCAAACCUACUUACUUAUUUAGUGCCAUACUCUUUGAACUACCAAAACUUUUUAGAGAAUUAGAAAAAUCCAUAACAAAGUUCAUUUGGAAGAACAAAAGAUCAAGGAUAUCCAGGAAAAUAAUGAAAAAGAAAAAUGUGAAGGAAGGGGGUCUAGCAGUACCAGAUCUCAAAAUAUACUAUAAGGCAGUGAUCAUCAAAACAAUAUGGUACUGGCUAAGAGAAAGAAAGGAGGAUCAGUGGAAUAGACUUGGGGUAAGUGACCUCAGCAAGACUAUCUAAAAUAAACCCAAAGAUCACAGCUUUUUAGACUAAAAUCCAGUAUUUGACAAAAACUGCUGGGAAAUUGGAAAACAAUAUGGGAGAGACUGGGUUUUUAUCUUCAUCUCACACUCUACACCAAGAACAUUCAGAAAAGGUAAAUGACUUGAAUAUAAACAAGGAAAGUAUAAAUAAAUUAGGUGAACACAGAAUAAUAUAUCUGUUACAUCUUUGGGAAAGGAAAGAUUUGAAGACCAAGCAAGAGUUAGAAAAAAUCACAAAAUGUAAGAUAAAUAAUUUUGAUUACAUUAAAUUUAAAAGGUUUUGUUCAAAAAAACCUAAUGCAAACAAAAUAAGGGAAGAAGCAUUAAAUUGGGAAAUAAUAUAACAAAAAACUCUGACAAAGGUCUAGUCACUCAAAUUUAUAUGGAGCUAAAUCAAUUGUAGAAAACAUUAGGCUGUUCCCCAAUUGAUAAAUGGGCAAGGGACAUGAAUAGGCAAUUUUCAUUUAAAGAAAUCAAAACUAUUAAUAACCACAUGAAAAAGUGUUCAAAAUCUCUUAUAAUGAGAAAUGCAAAUCAAAACAACUCUGAGGUAUCACCUCACACCUAGCAGAUUGGCUAACAUGACAGCAAAGGAAAUUAAUGAAUGUUGGAGGGGAUGUGGAAAAAUUGGAGCAUUAAUGUAUUGCUCGUGGAGUUGUGAAUUGAUUCAACCAUUCUGGAGGACAAUUUGGAUCUAUGCCCAAAAGGUGCUAAAUCUUUCUGCACUUUGAUCCAGGCAUAGCACUGCUGGGUUUAUACCCCCCCCCCCCAAAGAGAUAAUAAGGAAAAAGACUUUUACAAGAAUAUUCAUAUCGGCACUAUUUGUGGUGGCAAAAAAAAAUGGAAAAUGAGUGGAUGCCCUUCAAUUGGAGAAUGGCUGAACAAAUUGUGUUUUUGGUGAUUGAAUACUAUUGUGCUCAAAGGAUUAAGGAACUGUAAGAAUUCCUUAUGAACUGGAAUGACUUGCAGGAACUGAUACAGAGUGAAAGGAGUAGAACCAGUGGAAUUAUACACAGAGACUGAUACACUGUGGUAUAGUCAAAUGUAAUAGACUUUUCUAAUAGUAGCAAUGUAAUCAUCCAGAAUAAUUCAUAGGGAUUUUAAUAAAUCUAAAUUUUUUUAAAAAUAAAUUUAAAAAUAAAUAAGAACACCAUCCCUAUCCAAAGGAAGAACCAUGAGAGCAGAAACACAGAAUAAAAAUAACUGCUUGAUCACAUGAGUCAAUGGGGAUAUGAUUCCUUUAUGGCUACUGAACAAAAUAUUGUAAAAGCCCCUAAACAGUUUUUUCCCCAGUUUUCAUUUGUUAAUUGUCUCUUGGGUCAUGGAUGGACUCAACCUGGCUACCUUUAGAGAAUUUAAUUAGCUAAGAAUUAAAUGUUAAUUCUUAGGAGUCUUCAGAAUAAUUUUAAUUAACUAGUGGUUUCUGAAUUGAUGACUUUUUUAAGAUAUAUAUUUUAAAGAAUGUUGUAUUAAAGAUAGAGAAACAAAGCAAUGUUCCUACCAAGGUAUUUCUAUGAAGCAGGAAGCCAAAAAGAGCUCCUACAAAAUUCUUCAGUUUAAUUUACUUCCACCAGAAUAAUUUAGAUUUCUUGGUGAUGUUCUAGACCCAAAUAAAUGUUACUUUGUUUAAAAAUAUAUUUGCCAAGUUUGAAAGAUUUGCUAUGUCUGUAAAAAUUGUGACAAAUAUCCAUCAAUUCAUAGUUUUUGUUUUUUUGUCAUACAUCAACUCAUAUGAAAUAUGAUAGUGGGUUGGUUUGCUAUUGUAAUUAACUGGGAUAUUGUGAAUUUGUGGGACUUUGGUCCUUUUUAAAAUGUGCAUUACCUACUGAAUUACUGUUUUAUUCUGAAAAUCAUAAGGUACGCAUACUGUGGUUCAUGGCCAAGUUAAAAAGGAAGUAGAUCUCAUUUUUAGUGAGGAACCUUUGUAUUCUAUCUCUCCUUGGCUGACAGUAUGUCACUGAUUAUAAACUAUAUGUUUUUGAUUUUUAAAACUUUUUUAAUUAUUGUUUUUCUUUUCAUGUGCUAUAUGGCAUCUGAGUUUUAAUUUUUGUCUCCGUUUUGGAUUUAGACAUGUCAACAGAAUUGAGAUUUUUCUUUAACUUUUUUGAUUUUGUAGUAAUAUAAGUUUAAAAUACAUUUUCUACAACAUCAAUGCAUACCCCAAAAGCUUUAGACUAUAAAAAUGAUGCCACUGAUUGUUUAAAAAAAAUUAUGAGACUUUGCAUAAUGAUUCUGUCUGAUUCCAGGAUAAGAGAAUACAAAAAGAGUCAUUGCACAGUGCCAAAGGAGCAGAAAGCUAAACUGCUUAGUGCCAACUGAGCACAAGGUCAAAGAGACCAAGCAAUCCUGAUGGGAUUGUUGAAAAUUUUUAGCUAAGACAAGAUGACUUGAACUUGUUUGCGGUUUGAGGUUGUGGCUAUUUAACACGUGUUAAAGGCAGGUCUUCCUUGUCCCACAUCCUACCAACUAUCCCAAAUUUGACUUCUACCUGGUUCCUAUAAUCUAGUCCCUUUUCUGUCUUUCAUGGUGUGGUAAACUAUCUAUAAUCCUAGCUACUGAUUGGAUAAAUCCAUAAUUGCUUAAAUCAUUUUAAUUGGGCCCUGAUUCAAGGACCUGUUGUAGAUUUAUUUUUCCUUUACUUAGAAUUUUUACACAUAGCACUUUGAUAAUCUAUAUUUCAUCCAGAAAUUAUUUUUUCUUAUUUGGAUUUCUUUUUGAUGUUUUUUUUAUUUCUCUUGCUAAUUGGUUCAUACACCUCAUAACUCAGCCGUGCAUUCCUAAGUUAUCCCUGUGUUUUUCAACACCCUCUUCAGGAAGGAAUGUAUAAUUAUUCUAAAUUGCAGAAUUUAAAUUCUUUUUGAGAUUAAUUUUAGGAUAAGAAAAACAUGCUACCUCUCUUAAUCUAGAAAGUGAACUGUUUGGAGAAGGCACAAUGAAGAUGCCUCCACAGACCACAAGCUGAGCCAGAUGACCCAGAGUGAACUUUGGGAUGUGGUGAUUUGAAUUGUGUGGGGUUUAAAUGAAUUUGUUUUUAUGUAUACUCUUAUGCCAAAGGAGACUGCCCCUUAACUGGCUUUUUGUCAAUGCACCUAGCAAUUAUUGAUUUUGUUCUCUUUUCCUCUUAUCCUCAAAUUUUGUAUUUUCAAUGUUGGUUAUGUUGACAAGAUCCAUUGGAGAGACCAGUCUUCCAUGGAUCUCAGGGACGGAUGUAUAAUUGAAAAUUUGUUACCCUAAAAAAGAACUACAUUUCCCAGGAUCCCACUGACAUUCUGUCAUUAGCUACUUCCUGUACAUAGGGGAUAUUAGGCAGGGAUGUGGAAAGACCCACCUUUUUACUUCCUGGCCUGAGCUUGGUGGUGGUAAGGUGGCUGUUUAUACUGGCUGAUCAGCCAUGGGCAUGUGGUCUUUAUUUUGUAUCUUCUUUAUUCCUUGAUUUCUAAUGAUCAUUUAAUAAACCUCCAAAACUAUAAUAUUUUUAUUAUUAAGACAUAAUUAUAAUUUUUACAAUACUCUAAAUGAUCACCCUAGUGCAAACAUCAACAAUAUGGAAAUAGAUUUUGAUAAAGGACACAUGUUAAACCCAGUGUAAUUGCAUGUUGGCAAUGGGGAGGUGGCAUAAGGGUAGGAAAAGAACAUGACUCUUGUAACCAAGGAAAAAUGUUCUAAUUUGACUGAUUAAAUAAAAUUACAAAAAAGAAAUCCCUGGAAUGACUCCCAUGAAAAAAUGGACAGUGAGGUGAGUGGACCAGGAGAACAUUGUAUACAGUAAAAGCAACAUUGUAUGAAGAUCAGCUGUGAAUAACUUAGCUAUUCUCUCUCUUUUUUACUGUACCACUAUCCAUUUGUUAUGAAUAAAAUCAUCUCAAGAGGAUAAGAAUUUAAAUUUAGGCUCUUUGCUAAACAUAAGAAUUCUAAAGUAAUAUUUGGUCACCAAUUUAAAAAUAUUACAGCUAAAGUCAAAAUGACUUUUAGCUGAUUCAUUUACAAACAGGUGGAAAAACUGAAGAUGGGAAAAUGGACAUGAAGAGAUAAAAAGUACUGCCUAGCUAAUAAUACCCCAAGUUUAAUCCUAAUGUCUCCAGGCCACAGAUGAAAAUCCAAAAGUGAAUCUCAACAGAAACCAAAGUCCUAAUUAGGAAGCCAAAAUUCAAAGAACCAGAAUAUGCUGAAGAAUCCCUCAAGAACCUUCUGUACUCAUUAAGCUAAUACUGCCAAGAAUCUCACCAGACAUCACGCUAAAGGUAGUGUUCCACUGUAGAGCCAAAGAGCAGAGAGGGUCUCUUGACCAAAGAAACAAGGAAGGAAUCAUUCCACUCACCACCCCAAGUCCAACUCAAAAUCCAGGGAAAAGAUCUCCUCCAGUCUGGCUCAUCAAUAUAUAGAGAAUGACUGAAUCCUCCAGCUGGCCUUUUGAAAGAAGUUUUCUCAAUGUUACUUUCUGUCACACACCCACAUUAAGGGAACCAAUAGCAAUCUUUCAAUCUGCCUAGCACUGUCCAAGUGCUUGUGUGUGGGGAGGUGCAGUGACUUUUGGUGGUAUGAUAUUACCAUAGUAAGUGACUUGCUUAACUCUCUUCCUUAGUGUCAAGUAGGGAUACUUUUAAGCUCUUGACUUGUUUUCUUAAAAAUAGACAUGAGAAGAGGUAAUCCUAUCUUCACAAGAGAUUGAUAACUUAGCUAUCCUGAUCAAUACAGUGAUCAAAGACAACUCCAAAGGACUUAUGAUGAAAAAAUAUAUACUCUCUAUUCCAGAGAAAGAUCUGAUGGUUUCUAAAUGCUGUACAAAGAAUAUUUCUUUCAAUUUCUUUUUUCUUGCCUUUUUGUUGUGGUUGCAAAGUGGCUAACAUGUAAAUAUGUUUUACAUAAUUUCAUAUAUACAUAGGACAUCAUAAUUUCUUGCCUUCACAAUGGGUCAGGAGUAGGUAGGAGGGUGGGAACUCAAAAUUUAAAAAAAAAAAGGAUUGUUAAAAGUAAAAAAAAAAAUAAAGAAUUUGGAGUUUGGAAGGAGGUUUGAGAUUUCCAUUUCAUUGAGGUCCUGGGAAAAUUUGGCAAAUAGAUUUAAUCCAUCUAGUAUCUUGCAAAAGUUAUAAAGUAUAGGGUCCUCAGUUUUUGUGGAUGCCUUUACUGGAUAGGUAGAGGCAUUGCCCAGAAGAACAGAAAAAGGCAGGAAGGAACAAAAGCCCUUAUUAAAGAGGUAAUUCCUAAGGUUAGACAUCGCAGAUCACAUUAUCAAAGUGAUAAUGGUCCUGCCUUCACUUCACAGAUUAUUUCAUGAUUGGUACAGCUUUGGGCAUAACCUACUACCUUCAUUGCACCUGGCAUCCUCAAUACUCAGGAAAGGUAAAUGUAGAACCAGACCCUGAAAAAGACCCUUACCAAGCUCUUUGAGGAAGCAAAGAUUGAUUGGGUCCAUACACUUCCCCCUGGACUCAGUUGAAUUAGAAUUGCCCCCUCCAGCUAAUUUGGAGCUUAGUGAACUCCUUCAUGGCAGGACUUUCUCCACCACUAACUUCAUCUUGGAUUUUGAAACACAUACUCUUACACAGUUUUCUAAAUAUUUUGGACCUAUUCACCAAGACCUUCCCUAAACCUUCACAGGGGAUGUGCAGGAAACCCAACACCUAGCCCAGCCAGGGGACUUUGUGUAUGUGAAAACCUGGAAAAGUGAGAAACUGAACGAACUAGCACCCCUAUUAGGAGAAUCCCCAUAGAGUUAUUCUAUUGUUAUGAAGGUAAAGUUUAAGGAAGGAAACACACAAGUAUAUAAAUAAUUUUAUUAACAAAAGGGAAGGGGAUGGCAGGAGAUGAUGGACCAACUGACUAUUACCCACCCAGAACUCAAUAAGGUUUGUACUGGAAGCUUAAUCUAACUAAAUUAAAACGAAACUAAAAGGUAAUUAAAAGAUAAAGUACAAAGAAGGGCCCAGAUUCUCACACACUUUACACUUCCAAGGUCCUUGUUAGGAUCAGACUGAAGAAAUCCAGUUAUAAGGUCCUUAUAAGAUGCCAGGGAGGGAGAGAGUUUACACCUAAAUCAUUUCUGCCCACCAGAAUGAAUGGGGAAUUCACACUCAACCUUUUUCUUUUUUUGAGUUUUUAAACAUUAUUUUAUUUGGUCAUUUCCAUACAUUAUUCAUUGGAAACAGAGAUCAUUUUCUCUUCCUAACCCCACUCCCGCCACCCCUUCCCUAGCCGACUCGCAAUUCCAAUGAGUAUCACAUGUGUCCUUGCUGCCAAACCAUUUCCUUGUUGUUGGUAUUUGCAUUAGGGAGUUCAUUUAGAGUCUCUCCUCAAUCAUAUCCCCUCCACCUCUGUAGUCAGUCAGUUACCUUUCCUCGGUGUUUUUACACCCACAGUUUGUCCUCUGCUUAAGGAUAGUGUUUUUUCUCAUAGAUUCCGGCAGAUUGUUUAGGGACAUUGCAUUGACACUAAUGGAGAAGUCCAUUACCUUCGAUUGUACCACAGUGUAUCAGUCUCUGUGUACAAUGUUCUCCUGGUUCUGCUACUUUCACUCUACAUCACUUCCUGGAGGUUGUUCCAGUCUCCAUGGGAUUCCUCAAUUUUAUUAUUCCUUUUAGCACAAUAGUAUUCCAUUACCAACAUAUACCAUAGUUUGUUCAGUCAUUCCUCAAUUGAAAGGCAUCCCCUCAUUUUCCAAUUUUUUGCCACCACAAAGAGCGCAGCAAUGAAUACUCUUGUACAAGUCUUUUUUCCUUAUUAUCUCUUUGGGGUACAAAACCCAGCAGUGCUAUGCCUGGAUCAAAGGGUAGACAGUCUUUUAUCGCCUUUUGGGCAUAAUUCCAAAUUGCCCUCCAGAAUGGUUGGAUCAAUUCACAACUCCAUCAGCAAUGAAUUAGUGUCCCUACUUUACCACAUCCCCUCCAGCAUUCAUUACUUUCCUUUGCUGUCAUGUUGGCCAAUCUGCUAGGUGUGAGGUGAUACCUCAGAGUUGUUUUGAUUUGCAUCUCUCUGAUUAUAAGAGAUUUAGAACACUUUUUCAUGUGCUUAUUAAUAGUUUUGAUUUCUUUAACUGAAAAUUGCCUAUUCAUGUUCCUUGCCCAUUUUUCAACUGGAGAAUGGCUUGAUUUUUUUUGUACAACUGGUUUAACUCUUUAUAAAUUUGAGUAAUUAGACCUUUGUCAAAAGUUUUUGUUAUGAGGAUUGUUUCCCAAUUUGUUGCUUCCCUUCUAAUUUUAGUUACAUUGGUUUUCUUUGUACUAAAACUUUAAUUUGAUGUAGUCAAAAGUAUUUAUUUUACAUUUUGUGACUCUAAGUCUUGCUUGGUUUUAAAAUCUUUCCCUUCCCAUAGGUCUCACAUGUAUACUAUUCUGUGUUCCCCUAAUUUACUUAUAUUUUCCUUCUUUAUGUUCAAGUCAUUCACCCAUUCUGAGUUUAUCUUGGUGUAGGGUGUGAGGUGUUCAUCCAAACGUAAUCUCUCCCAUACUGUCUUCCAAUUUUGCUAGCAGUUUUUAUGAAAUAGUGGAUUUUUGUUCCAAAAGCUGGGGUCUGUGGGUUUGUCAUAGAAUGUCUUGCUGAGGUCAUUUACCCCAAGUCUAUUCCACUGAUCCUACUUUCUUUUUCUUAGCCAGUACCAAAUUGUUUUGAUGACCACUGCUUUGUAAUAUAGUUUGAGAUCUGGGACUGCAAGGCCACCUUCCUCUGUAUUUUUUUCAUUAUUUCCCUUGAUAUCCUUGAUCUUUUGUUCUUCCAAAUGAAGUUUGUUAUGGUUUUCUCUAAUUGGAAGUUCAAUGGGUAUGAAACUAAAUAGAUAGAUAAGUUUUGGUAGGAUGGUCAUUUUUAUUAUAUUGGCUUGUCCCACCCAUGAGCAAUCAAAGUUUUUCCAAUUGUUUAGAUCUAGUUUUAAUUGUUUGGAGAGUAUUUUGUAGUUGUGUUCAUAUAGUUCCUGUGUUUGUUUUCACAGAUAGAUUCCUAAGUAUUUUAUAUUGUCUCAGGUGACUUUAAAUGGAAUUUAUCUUUCUAAUUCUUGCUUCUGAACUGGGUUGGAGAUAUAUAGAAAUGUUGAUGACUUAUGUGGGUUUAUUUUGUAUCCUUCAACUUUACUAAAGUUGUUGAUUAUUUCAACUAGCUUUUUGAUUGAUUCUCUAGGAUUCUUUAAGUAAAUCAUCAUAUCAUCUGCAAAAAGUGACAGCUUGGUCACCUUAUUGCCAAUUUUAAUACCUUCAAUUUCUUUUUCUUCUCUAAUUGCUACUGCUAGUGUUUCUAGUACACUAUUAAAUAAUAAAUGUGAUAAUGGGCAUCCUUGUUUUACUCCUGAUCUUAUUGGGAAGGCUUCGAGUUCAUCCCCAUUGCAGAUGAUGUUUGCUGAUGGUUUUAGAUACAGAUAUAUACUGUUUAUUAUUUUUAGGAAAGGCCCUUCUAUUCCUAUACUUUCUAAUAUUUUCAAUAGGAAUGGGUGUUGUAUUUCAUCAAAGGCUUUUUUCCAUCUAUUGAGAUAAUCAUGUGAUUUUUGUCAGUUUGCUUGUUAAUAUGGUCAAUUAUGUGGAUGGUUUUCCUAAUAUUGAAUCAUCCUUGCAUUCCUGGUAUGAACCCUACCAGAACAUAGUGGAUAACCCUUGUGAUGACUUGCUGGACUAUUUUUUGCUAGUAUCCAAUUUAAGAUAUUUGUGUCUAUAUUCAUUAGGGAGAUUGGCCUAUAGUUUUCUUUCUCCAUUUUUAACCUGCCUAGCUUUGGGAUUAGUACCAUAUUUGUGUCGUAAAAAAAAUUGGUAGAACUCAUUCUUGGCUUAUUCUGUCAAAUAGUUUGCAGAAUAUUGGGAUUAGUUGUUCUUUGAAUGUUUGAUAGAAUUCAUUUGUGAAUCCAUCUGGACAUGGGGAUUUUUUCUUAGGAAGUUCUUUGAUGGCUUGUUCAAUUUCAUUUUCUAAUAUGGGGUUGUUUAGGUAAUUUAUUUCUCUUAUGUUAGUCUAGGCAAUUUAUAUUUUUGUAAGUAUUCAUCCAUAUCACCUACAUUGCCAUAUUUGUUGCCAUAUAAUUGGGCAUAGUAGUUUUUAAUGAUUGCCUUAAUUUCCUCAUGAGUAGAGGUGAAGUCUCCCUUUUCAUCUUGGAUACUGUCGAUUUGGCUUUUUCUUUCUUUUUUAAUUAGACUGAAUAGUACUUUGUCUAUUUUAUUUGUUUUUUCAAAGUACCAGUUUCUAGUCUUACUUAUUAAAUCAACAGUUCUUUGACUUUCAAUUUUUUUGAUUUUUCCUUUGAUUUUUAGGAUCUCCAAUUUAGUCUUCAUAUGGGGAUUUUUAAUUUGUUCACUUUCUAGUUUUUUAACUUGCAUGCCCAAUUCAUUGACCUCUACCCUUCUUAAUUUGUUUAUAUAUGAACUCAAGGAUAUCAAUUUCCCCCUGAGUACUGCUUUGGAUACAUCCCAUUGGUUUUGAAAGGAUGUCUCACCAUUGUCAUUUUCUUCAAUGAAGUUAUUGUUUCUAUGAUUUGUUCUUUAACUAGCUGGUUUUGUAGAAUCAUAUUAUUUAAUUUCCAAUUAAUGUUUAUCUCUCCAUGUACCCUUACUAAUUAUUAUUUUCAUUGCAUUGUGGUCUGAGAAGUUUGCCUUUAUUAUUUCUACCCUUUUGCACUUGUUUGCAAUGUUUUUGUGCCCUAAUACAUGGUCAAUUUUUGUGAAUUUAACAUGUGAUGCUGAAAAGGUGUCUUCCUUUUUGUCCGUAUUUAUUUUUCUCCACGUCUACUAACUCUAAUUUUUCUAAGAUUUCAUUCGUUUCUCUCAUCUCUUUCUUAUUUAUUUUUUGGCUUGAUUUAUCUAGUUCAGAUAGAGGAAGGUUCAGGUCUCCCACUAGUAUAGGUUUUCUAUCUAUUUCAUCCUUGAAUUCCUCUAGUUUCUCCUUUAGAAAUUUGGAUGCUAUGCCAUUUGGUGCAUACAUACUGAGUAUAGAUCUUUCCUCAUUGUCUAUACUGCCUUUUAUCGGGAUAUAAUUAUCUUCCCUAUCUCUUUUAACUAGAUUUAUUUUUGCUUUGGCUUUGUCAGAUACCAUGAUUGCGACUCCUGCCUUCUUUUUAUCAGUUGAUGCCCAAUAGAUUUGGCUCCAUCCUCUUACUUUCACCCUAUGCCUAUCUACCUUCCUCGUGUGUGUUUCUUGCAGACAGCAUAUGGUAGGGUUUUGGAUUUUAGUCCCCUCUGCUAUUUGCUUGUGUUUUAUAGGUGAGUUCAUUCCAUUCACAUUCAGAGUUAUGAUUACUAGCUGUGUAUUUCCUAGAAUUGUGAUUUCUACUCCUGGUCCUGCCUUUUCUUCUUUCAUUAUUU